AAGAAGCGCUUCACACUCUUCAUGCUGGGCUGUGUUAUGGUAGCACUGGGUAAAAGGCAAGACCCGCCUUGUAUCCAUCGUGAUUGGUCCAGACUGUGUGGCACCGUAUGUCCGUUUGUCCAAUAGUAGCUUCAGCUGGUGUCACGUGGUUUUUCAACACCCGGAAGACAUUGAUAACGAUUCAAUCCGGCGUUGCCUACAAGUUUGGUUGUAACAGCCAAAUUGGUUUCUUAUUAUUUAAAAAACAUUUUAUUUUCACCGGUUGCUCAGCAGAUUUGUUCUCCAAGAUGAUGCAGACUUUGAAAGGCAUCAGACACCUGCAGUCCAGCACAGUAAAACAAGCAGUUUCAGAGCUCUCUGUGCCCGUCCCCUGGGGAGAGAUCAGAGGUAAAGUGUGGGGUCCUGACCACGGUCAUCCUGUGCUGUGUGUGCACGGCUGGGCUGACAACUGUGGUACAUUCAACACCCUCAUUCCCCUUCUACCCAAAGAGUGCAGAUAUGUGGCGGUGGACCUGGCAGGUCAUGGUCUGUCAUCACAUCGUCCACCUGGCGUUUUCUACUCCUUUCCUUCAUAUGUGAUGGAUGUUCGCAGAGUCAUUGACGCUCUGCAGUGGAAUAAAUUCUCCAUCAUAGGUCACAGUAUGGGUGGUAACAUUGCUGGGCUGUUCAGCGCACUGUAUCCUGAGAUGGUGGAUGCUGUCGUACUGCUGGACUCUUAUGGAUUCCUACCCACAGAUCUGAAAGAAGUGCCUAAAGUGAUGAGGCAGGGGUUUGAUGGGAUGCUUCAGUUUGAAAAAAAGUCAGAAGAGAUGAAGACAAAAGUUUACACUUAUGAAAACGCAGUAGAGAGGCUGCUAGCUGCAAACCCGACUCUGUCUGAGCAGUCUGUGCGCGUCCUUUUAGAGCGAGGUCUCAUCAAAGUUGAUGGAGGAGUAGUGUUCUCCCGAGAUUUUCGUAUUAAUCUGAAAAACAUAGUGCGCAUCAGUUUGGAGCAGAGUCUGGAGAUGCAGUCGAGGAUACAAGCCUCUAUUCUAGUUGUUUUAGCUGAAGAUGGCUUUGAGAAAAUAUUUGCUGAACAAGAUCAAAGGAAAUUUGUAUCAGCACUUCUCCAGGCCUACAGGGACAGAAAUCACAUGGUGGUGACUGUCCCCGGCGAUCAUCACAUCCAUCUGAAUAAUGCUGCAGUCGUUGCUCCACUUGUGUCUGACUUCCUGCAGACCAAAGUGCUGUCACAGUCAGCCAAACCACCAGGUGAACAGAGUUCAGAGUUUUCAAAGUUAUAACAAACUUUUUUUUUUUUUUUUUUUGGCCUUAACUCUACAACAAGUUCUUGAAAUAAUAUUGUACAGAAACAUGCCUCUUAUUACAUGUGGUGAACUCCUGAAUUAUUUAAUGUAUUUUAAUCAAUAUUAAUGUGUGCUCGUUGAUUUGAGUGCCAGUGGCCCUGUCAGCACUGUACGCCAUUUAUCACACCAAGCUGUUUGCAGAUUUUGUAUAAAUCAGUGAAGAGGGAGUGUUGAGUUAGAUGGAUAUACAGCAAAGCCAGCAAACAUGUGGUUUUGGUUUUGUAUCUUGUGUUUUUUUGAUCCACUGAAUAGGUGUCUUUCUCAACCAGGUUCAUUUACUUCAGUGAAUUCAUAUUAAGUCUGAAUUUGUCAUUUGUUUUCAUUGUGCUGACAGAAGUCAGCAGCAGGCUUACUGUAUGCAGUAUUAGCUGUAUUUAAACAGGAAUGACAUAUCCUGUAAUUUUGAAAGUCACAGUAAAAUGUUACAUGAAAAUGUAUGAUGAUGGUAUGGUAAAGUGAGAUACAAAAGCUUAAACGAGUAUUCCACUAAUUUUGCGUUGCACUCCUUUGAAAUUGUUGGACAGGUUUUUUUUUUUUCAAAAAAAACAAAAAAAUGUCAAAGUUGAUGCAGAAGAACCAGAGAUGAUUGUCUUUUUUUAAAAAAUGCCAUUCUUCUUCCUUGUCAAAACCUGGCGUCAGCAGCUUUACCCACAAUGCCACUCAUCCACCAUUAGUUCAUUUAUACAUUUUAUUUUAUAUGUAACAUAAAAGUAUGAGAUUCCAUAGUCAAGCCCCACUACUGGACAAAAAUUCAGGUUAAAUAUUUAAUUUGGAAUCCUACCAGAAUUUGACAAGCACACGUCAUUUCGGCUGAAGUCUCACUCGCACCAUGAUGGGAGGCUCCUGUACGACUCUUCUCGGUGUUGUGUGCAGGUGGUGUUUUCAGGCUGCUGAGCUGCAGGUUUAUUUGCAGUAGGCAGUGGUCGUAUCGCCGCGUACCUCCUGCCUUUGAUGGAUGUUUGAAAUGCACUGUGGCGCGUUGGAUUCCUUAGAUGUCUGCUGCUGGCUGUUAAUAUUUUAGUAGUUGCACACUUUCCCUCAAGUGUGUGUGUCCUCAUGUUUAAUUUCAAAAGUUAGUGAGCUGAGGGACGAAAGGCUGUCGUUCUUCCCACAUCACAGUGAAAGCAGAUGUGGAAUCUGGACUCGAGUACUGUAACGCAGGGUUAUUUGUUAUAAACCUAUGAAAGUACAAUUCCUUAAGUCUUAAGAAACACCUUAAGCUUUGAUCACCUUAGUAUUAAGUAUCUUUGGUGGCAGACUUGGGUUGUCUGAGGGGUGAGGGAGAACACAAACCUGAAGCACCAGCUGCAUGUGGUGAGAGGAAACGUCAUGCGGAAAGUCAUGUUGCAUUUAUGGUGAAACAGUUUGUAUGUUUCUGUCUUGCUUUGGCUCAGGAUUAGGCUUCUGAUAACUAAACUAAACCUGAAAACACCAAACCAGUUAAACAGUGGGACUGUAGGGGAAAGGUGUAGAAAACAGAGCCUCUUAAGAGUAAUGACUAAUUUAAAAUAUGUGUGGGUGUUAUGAACAAACUUCGUAUCCUGAUCAGCAUUACAGAUU